UCGUCAGGCUAGGUGAAGCAGCGCCGCCAGUUUGAAGCAGGUGUCCAACAUGGCGAUCAUGGGUUGCGGAUCUCGCUGUUCUUCGAUCUUGUUAUUCUUGGUUUCUGCGGCUUUUCUUCCUGAUAAAGGAGCUGCGCAGGACAUGCAAGUUCCAGGUCAGAACCUGGAGACCAAUAAUGUGUCGGUGGUGGAGGGGGAGGUCGCGACCAUCAGCUGCAGAGUCAAAAACAACGACGACUCAGUCAUCCAGCUGCUCAAUCCAAACAGACAGACCAUCUACUUCAGGGACGUGAGGCCUCUGAAGGACAGCCGCUUCCAGCUGGUCAACUUCUCGGACAACGAGCUGCAGGUGUCCCUGUCCAACGUUUCUCUGUCUGAUGAAGGAAGAUAUGUAUGUCAGCUCUACUCCGACCCGCCUCAGGAAGCCUAUGCGGUCAUCACUGUGCUGGUCCCACCAGGAAACCCAAUCAUUGAGUCCCAAGAGGACAUCGUCAGUGAAGGGAACCAGACAGAAAUAACGUGCACUGCCAUGGGGAGCAAGCCGGCUGCCAGUAUCCGAUGGCUGAAGGAAGGCAAAGAGCUGCAAGGAGAAUCAACAGUGGAAGACGUGGACGACAGGAUGUACACCGUGACAAGCAGGCUGACGCUCACUGUCCGCAAGGAAGAUGACGGGGUCCCUGUGAUCUGCAUGGUGGACCACCCUGCAGUGAAAGACUUCCAGGCACAGAAAUACCUGGAAGUACUAUAUAAGCCUGAAGUGAAGAUCACAGUGGGGUUCCCCCAGGGCCUGACCAGGGAAGGGGAGGCCUUGGAGCUGAGCUGUACAGCUGAGGGCAAACCCAAGCCCCAGUCGGUGCGCUGGAUGAGGCUGGAUGAUGAGCUGCCAGACCAUGCGCUCUUGACAGGCUCAGACCUGUACAUUGACAACCUGAACAAGUCCUACAACGGGACCUAUCGCUGCAUGGCAGCCAACGCAGUGGGGGAGGCCUAUGCCGACUACAAGCUCUUUGUACACGAUGCUCUCACCACUACCCCUAUACCCACAACUACCACCACCACCACCACCACCACCACCACCACCACCACCACCACCAUUCCAACAAGCAUUGAAGAAGACACCACGCCGACGACAGAGCCUGCAGUCCACGACUCCAGAGCAGGAGAAGGGGUUCCCAGAACAGUUGACCACGCAGUCAUAGGGGGGGUGGUGGCGGUGGUUGUGUUCGCCAUGCUGUGUCUGCUCAUCAUUUUGGGAAGAUACUUUGCAAGACACAAAGGUACCUACUUCACGCACGAAGCCAAAGGCGCCGACGAUGCUGCCGACGCAGACACUGCCAUCAUCAACGCAGAGGGCGGACACAGCAACUCGGAGGAGAAGAAGGAAUAUUACAUCUAAGUCAGCUUGGGUUAUGAGGUGUCUGAUGCUGGACGCUUGCGGGGUGGGGGAGCCUGUCAGGGGUGAGGGAUACAGGGGGGGAGC